AGCAAAGUGGUAAAUUUUCCGACUCGAGUCGGCAGAGAAGAUUCGUGUCUGUGCGAAUUUUAUGAGGAACAGCAAAAUGAGCAAUAAAAGUUUUCAUGUUUGAACUGAGACGAAAAGCAUUGAUUUUUAGUGAAAAGUUUCGUGGUUGUAAAUUUGUGCAUUCGAUUAAAAAUUUCACAACGUCAGGAAUAUUGUGAUUUACUGUGAAUCUUCAAGCAUAAAGAUAAUCGAAAAAUUCAUGAUAUUACCGAGAAGUUUGCUUUAUUUUUUUGAAGUCGGGUGUUUUUGUGAAUUUUUGUGAGAAACUGAAUAAUUUUAAAUUGAUAUAGAAACCAUAAAAGUAGUUUCCUUUUGUAUUAAAUAUUUUGACGAAGGAUGCGUAUAAGCUUGUCACUUUGUUUUCGACAACAGUUGUUACGCGUUAAAAUAUUUUCAACACAGCAUACAUGGACAAAAAGAAUAAAAUGCCUAAAAUAAGUUCGAAAUCGAAAAUAAUUAAAUAUUUAACUUUAACAAAGAUUCCACGAAUAGCGUUAAUUGAAGUAACUGAUGCAAAUAUAUCCAUAAUAACAACGGGAAAAAUAAAGUGUGAAUAAAUUUAUGAAACGAUUACUGGCGGCUGAUGAAUGGCAAAAGAGCUGCAUUUAUUUAUUCUGAAUGUUUUAGUUUUAAAUGAAACAACGAUUAUAAAAAGGGAACAAAUUUAUGUACAUGCUCAAAAUAUAUAAUAUUUGAUUCGAGUGAAAACCUGAAUGUUAUAAGAAAAACUAUUUAUUCGUUGAACACGUGAAGGUACACUAAAAAUAUGCCUCUAUUUGGCAAAAAAGAUUUUAGCAAAAAAAUGAAAAAGGAUAAUAAGGAGUUUAAUAAACAAGCAUCUAUAGAAGAAAAGUACAAUCUGCAUGGACUACUUGGGACAGGUGCUUUUUCUGAAGUACGCCUGGCUGAGAGCAAAGAGAACCCUGAUGAACAUUUCGCAGUUAAGAUUAUCGAUAAAAAGGCGUUAAAAGGAAAAGAAGAAUCACUUGAAAAUGAAAUUCGGGUACUAAGGAGGUUCAGUGCAAAUGAUUCCGAGAACGGACAGCGAUAAUACCGUCUAGAGGCAAGUAUUUCGAAAUGUUUAUGCGACAUCUGGUCGUGAGAUAUUUUGCUACGCCGCGCAUAUCAUCCUCACAGCACUCAUCACACACAAUCCACACACAACCCAAUACAACACAACAUGUCAUCCACACAACCACAGCUACACAUCAUACCAACCACACUACACACCAACACUUCGCCUUUUUCACCACUCACAACCGAUACAAAAGGAUUGGUCACAUCGGAAUGACAGCCUUUUUUUCGUUUUACCCGUGACCGCUAAGGUUUUUUCGCCAUCGAGACGUUCGUCGACACAUCGCUCUACAAGUUCAAAAUUUACUGAGUUAAACCAAAGUGAUAGUGGAGUAUGGUAUAAAGCAUUCCUUUGAAAAAUUUGUUGUGAAAAGAGAAAAUAAAUACAAAAGCCAUUAAGUUGAAAGUGAAAUACUUCUUUUCUUUAUUUCAAAGAAAAUUGGCUAAUUAGAAAAUUCCAGGUGCAAGUGCAAGUGCAAGUGCAACAAGUGAGUAUAUCACCGACAUCCGGGUGAACAAAAGGUUUGCAACUAAACAAAUGGUCCUUCGAGCCUCUUAGACAGGCACCUACGAUUUUAAAAGAACUCACCGAGAGGUGGAAAAGUGAAUAAAGUGCAUGUGAAACUAUACAACAGAACAAUUAAAAGUACACACAAGGAAAAAUAAUAAAUAAACAGGUACUUAAACAUAUAUUAAGUGAUCAAAUCUACGUAACGGGCGCGAAACCAACUAAAACAAAACAAAUACAAAAAAAAAACUAAAAAUCAAGUACGGGCGCGGUAAAACUAAUAAUAAUCAAACAACAACAAAAAUAAAAACCCAAAACCUACAUACAAAUAUAUAGGAUUCUCAACAGGCAAGCAGCGUGGGAAGAGGAAAAAGACUCAACACGGAAGACAUCAAACAAGAAAAAAAAAAAACUAAGAAGAUGAAAGGAGAAUAAACGAGAGAAAGAACGAAGAGAUACACACAUAAAUAAGUAUUGCUACCCAUAAACCCUUGGCGGAGAAAAAAGUAAGUCCGUUCCAAUUAAAUAUUUAAUAAAAUAAUUAUGCGCAUAUGUAUGUUUAAAAUACAGUUUGAGCUGUAAUACGACAUACAGUUACUUAGUUAGAAAUAACCCAACUGUUCUAUACGGAAAACCGGUUAGACAGUUCGGUAUGUACAUAUGUAUGUAUAGAUACCGAAAUAUAUGAAAAAAUUACGGUACCUGCCUACUGCUUAUUUUGUGUUCCAAAACACACUGUAAUUUUCAAAAAACAAAAAAAAAAAAAAAUUUUCUUCAAAGUCAAGUAUCCUACUUGCAAGUUUUGGUGAUACCCCUUGGGCUAAAAAAAAA